AUGAACAUCGACGAGAAGAAGCAGUUCCUGCUCAUCCUGGCGCAGGACCUGCACAUCGACCCGGCUGUGGCCCUGCAGAGUGCCGCUCAAUUCGACCAGAACCUGACCAAUGUGAAGGACGCCCGUAGCGGGGCGGUUAAUUGGGAGCACGAGAACGUCGAGAGGUAUCUGCGCACCUUCCGCAAUCUGCGGAAUGCGCUAUCGCCGCUAUAUGAGACCUUCUUCCAGCAAAUCUUGUCGCAACGAGAAAAUGGAAUGCUGUUCUUGGUGCAGUUACGAGCGGACCUGCUUCAAUUGUUGCGCAAGAAUGCGAACCAUGCCGAGAUCCCUGCGCUUCGCUCUCUUGAUGCGAGCUUGAAACAAUUUCUGGCAUCGUGGUUUAGUGUUGGCUUCCUGAAGCUGGAGCGUGUGACGUACGAGCACUCUCCUGGCCAGCUACUGGAGAAAAUAAUUCGCUAUGAAGCUGUCCAUCCAGUUGGCACAAUCGCUGAGCUAAAACGACGCCUAGGCAAUGGACGGCGGUGCUUUGCAUUUUUCCAUCCGAGUAUUCCAGAUGAGCCCUUAGUGUUUGUGCAUAUAGCACUGAUGCAAGAGAUCGCCUCCAGUAUGCAGUCCAUUCGCGAUGAGACGGAGCAAUUGGCAGAAGCAUCUCAGGCGAAAGCUGCAAUCUUUUACUCCAUCUCGUCAACGCAGAAGGGGCUCUCGGGUGUGGAUCUAGGCAACUUUCUCAUCAAAGAGGUUGCCAAAGCGCUGAAGACGGAGUACCCGCACCUGAAGACAUUUGCGACUCUGAGCCCUCUGCCUCAAUUUAUGCCGUGGCUCGAAACCCAGCGGUACAAAACUGACGAGUCGUUGGUAUCUCCUCUCGAGCUGGAUGUCCUGACCGAUGUUUUGGAAGAGCGUGGCAUCGCUUCUCAACCAGAUUCGACCGCCGUGGGGGUUGUUUUGGACGCUCUCAACAUUGACGACUGGAGUGAAGAUCCAAGUCUGGUGGCAGCGUUAAAGCCCAUAGUGCUGAGGCUUGGUGCGCGCUACAUUUACCACGAAAAGAAGCGCGGAAAGGCGUUGGACCCGGUCACGAACUUCCACGUUCGGAAUGGCGCCAUAUUCGAGCGGAUCAACUGGCUGGCCGAUCUGUCCAAGAAGGGUCUCGCUCAAAGCGCUGGCAUGAUGAUCAACUACAAGUACGAUCUGUCGCACGUCGAGGCCAACAAUGAAAACUAUUUGUUGCACAACAUCAUUCCCAUCGGGCUUCAGCCGCAGCAAGUGCUCGGAGCCCGCACCAUUUAG